AGCAGAGCUGCGAGUUGCAGAAUGUCUGAAGGGGACAGCGUUGGAGAUUCUGUCCAUGGGAAGCCAUCAGUGGUGUACAGAUUUUUCACACGCCUGGGACAGAUUUAUCAGUCUUGGCUGGACAAGUCCACACCUUAUACGGCUGUGCGGUGGGUCGUGACGCUGGGCCUGAGCUUCAUCUACAUGAUUAGAGUUUACCUGUUGCAGGGCUGGUACAUUGUGACCUACGCCCUGGGGAUCUACCACCUCAACCUCUUCAUAGCGUUCCUCUCUCCCAAAGUGGACCCCUCGCUGAUGGAAGACUCAGAUGACGGCCCUUCGUUACCAACCAAACAGAAUGAGGAAUUCCGCCCCUUUAUUCGAAGGCUUCCAGAGUUUAAGUUUUGGCAUGCAGCUACAAAGGGCAUCCUUGUGGCUAUGGUCUGCACCUUCUUUGAGGCUUUCAACGUCCCGGUGUUCUGGCCGAUCCUGGUGAUGUACUUCAUCAUGCUUUUCUGUAUCACAAUGAAGAGGCAAAUAAAGCACAUGAUUAAAUACCGGUACAUACCAUUCACACACGGGAAGAGGAGAUACAAAGGGAAGGAGGACGUGGGCAAGACGUUUGCUAGUUAGAAGCUGGACUGAAUCUCACGUAUUCAAGACCGGUUUUGAGCCAUUGUAACAAUGCCUUUUUCUUCACAUAAAGUAGUUGAUUAUGAGGGAGUUGAAUUUUCUUUUUAAAAAGAAGCCUCAAUGAUUUGUAACUAAAAAUAUCAGGUUCUUGAAGAAACUGGCAUUUAAACCAAAUUGCAUUGAUUUCCUCUUCAGUGAUGUUCACGUGUUCUCCAAUGUUUGGAAUCGUAGCAAAUUGGGGGGCCGGGGGUGGUGGGGCCCAAGGGGAAGGCAG